AGUAGUCGGCGAGCCGGGUUUAUUCCUAGGCGAAAAGUCAAACGGUGUAGAGGCACGUCGUGAGAUCUCCAGUGAAAGAAAUUCUUGUUGCUUUGAAAUAUAUUCCUUAUUGUAUAUAUUUUAACGGUGUGUGAAGUGUUGAGCACUUAUCAGAAUCGUCUCAAAAGCGGGAAAGAAAAAAUUAAAAAAAUGGCCGACAGUGGUAUCAAGCGCAACGUCCCCAUCAAGCUCGGUGAUUUCAGCGUCAUCGAUACAGAAUUCUCUAACAUCCGUGAACGCUUCGAUGCUGAGAUGAGGAAGAUGGAAGAGGAGAUGUCACGAUUCCGUACGGAAUUGAUGAACCGGGAGAGCAAUAACUUCUUCAAGAGCACCACCAGCCGACACCACACGAGCAGCAGCGAGCACCGCAGCACGACUUCCAAGACAGGCGGUUGGGAGAAGAUCGACAGUAGUGCUGUACCGCCGACUCGUUCAGCCUUCGACAGUUUCACCAGCACGACCACACAGCAAUCGAGCCAGAACAGCUCCCUGAGUCCUCAGCACGACGCGCGCACCUGGCUGGACGGAUUGAACAGUCCUUUGAUUCAAGAUGAGGGAAACAACAAGAUGCUGAAGCUGCGCUUCGACGUCUCCCAGUACACACCGGAAGAGAUCGUCGUGAAGACUGUGGACAACAAGCUUCUGGUCCAUGCCAAGCACGAGGAGAAGACAGAGAGCAAAUCAGUCUACAGGGAGUACAACCGUGAAUUCUUGUUGCCCAAGGGCACCAACCCCGAGAGCAUCAAGUCUUCUCUGAGCAAGGACGGCGUCCUGACCGUCGAGGCGCCCCUGCCAGCACUGGGAGCCGGCGAGAAGCUCAUCCCCAUCGCGCACAAUUAAAUUAUUAAUUCGAUCUUUAAUAAUAAUCCCUCCCUCCCUUCCUGCCUAAACCCCCAUCCCUACUGUUUCCUACGAAGAAGAAAUAUCCUACAACGUCCUCUGCUCGCCCCUUGUCACUUUUGAUGUUAAAUGUGCAAAUUCAAAAAGUUAUUCUCUUGCAUCGAACAAUUACUUUGCGGCCGAACGAUUGUGUCGUGUAAAUUUGAAAGUAACGAGCGCGUUCAUUUUGUCGAAUAUCUACAUCAGAAUUUGAGAUGGCUAUGGAAAAUGCUCCAGAUCGCUGCAGGACCGAUUUAAUCGCAGAAGCUCUCGUGAAAUUUUAUUAUUUUUUGAUCGGAUACUUUUGAAUCCUUCUGUUUCAAGGACGCGCGUCUUGGGGAAAUAAGAGAGGGAAUUUGAUGCGCGACUAGACGAAUGGGAAGCGUUAUAUAUGUAAUAAAUGACUUAUUUACGUGUUAGUUUAUAGGUGUAUCUUAAAAGACUAAACACUAUGCCUAGCGUAUUUAAGCAUUACACUAUUAAUAUUAUUUAUGAAAUAUUUUUUAAUAUUCUCGCACGGCAAUGAAGUAUAAUAAUAGCGUGAACGUCCGGAUUUUGUAAUGUGAAAGAGCCAACGCACAUUAUCAAGAGAUUGAAUAAAAGUCAAUUUACAGCGAGGAGGACUCUAUGCUGAUAUACCUGUUAGCUAAUAUAUAUUUAAUAUAUUCAUAACCUUAUGUGCUUCCUGCUGGUUCGAUCGCGCGUUGAUUUUCAAUUUUUCACAUCUUCCUUUGCUCCUCGUACUUGUCUCAAUUUAUUUUGCAAGGAAAAACUUAAUUCACUGUUACUUUUGCCCCGGGGGUGGGCAUGCGGGCGCAAUAUCUCCCUACUUCAUCUGAUUUACGAAACUCCUCUUCAUCGUUGUUAAUAAAAUAUUUUCUAUUUUGUAACGCUAAGCUAUUCUAUAUUAUUAUGACUUAUCGGUACGUAGGAAUAAUAAAGCACGAUAAUUUAUUA